GUUUAAACGGGCCUAAUCUUUUCCUCUUGUUAUUUUAGCACAGAAGGCGGGGUCUCGUAAGACGUUCCCUGACAGGCUAAAUUUCGGGCUACGAAAACACUCAGUUCUGAUAAAAGGGCGUACAGCGAUCGCGUGAUACACGGAAACAAGGGCUCGUUGGUGUUACCAGUGUGGAAAAGAAGGCAUCUCUUCAAAGACACAGAGUAAAAGAAACAUGGAAGGGCGGAUUGGUUUCGUUGUUUUCUUGUGCUUGAUGGGACUCACCUGUGCGAACCCAGUGAAGUUUAUUGACUGCGGCUCUUCUUCUGGUAAAGUUACCUUGGUGGACAUUAACCCUUGUGACUCUCAGCCAUGCCAGCUUCACAAAGGACAGUCCUACAGUGUCAAUGUUACAUUCAGUAGUGGUGUGGAGAGCAAGACGAGCACAGCAGUGGUUCAUGGUAUUAUCGCUGGCGUUCCCAUCCCUUUCGCCAUUCCGGUGGGAGAUGGCUGCAAGUCUGGAAUCCAAUGUCCCAUCCAGAAGGAGCAGGUGUAUCACUAUGAAACCACCCUACCUGUGAAGUCAGAGUAUCCUGCAAUUAAGCUGGUUGUGGAGUGGGAACUGAGAGACGACAGCAGCCAAGACUUGUUCUGCAUCAGGUUCCCAGUUCAGAUCGUGUAAUGUCAAGCCAAAGUAGCAACAGGACCUCUGACAAGUGUGUUGUUUAAAGGGAUGAAACUUUAAGUAAACUUAAAAGAAUGCCAAGAUUUCUAGAAAGAUCUCAUUUUAUGCAUUCAUCAUGUUGAUUUUAAGAUGUCUUUCACUGGUUUUCAUUACUCUUCCGCACAUUAAAUAAAAAGGCACGCUUUUUUUGUGCUCUGA